GAUUCCCUACUUGUGCGCAUGUCCAGAAGACGUUAAUUUGUCUUCCGGGAAAAACAAACAGGCGUGCUGACAGAUUUACUAUACAACUCUAUGGAUGUGCUCUUUUCGCGGAACAAACUUUGUCAGCCUACUUUUUUGUAAUAAUGGAGCCGACGUCUUCCAAACGCCAGCGAGGAGCAAACUGGUCCAGCAGGGAAGUACGGGCAUUAUUAGAGUUUAAGAGAGAGGUUUUUGAGAUAACUCUAGUCAGCAGCUGCCCAGAUUUGCCUUCAUAUGCACCUGUUCCUGAUGCUGGCCUAACAAAGGAAGUGUUCUCUAGUGUAGAUGUCUAUGAUACAAAUAGUUUAAGAUGUACUCUCAAUAUAUAUUCUGAGAAAAUAAGUGUCAAGCAGAAUUUAAGUUCAGGUCAGCUUUAUGCUAUACCUAACGCUGUUUGCAGAAAUGACAAGUACUGUUAAUAGUUUGUAAUCUCAGCAGUCCUGUCCAACCUUAAAUGAAUUUUCAGUAGGAUGCAUGUGUGGAAGUGUAAUUUAUCUUAAGAGUGAUGUACAAUCUAAGAUUGCAUAUUUUUGUGGUGCACAACUUGUGAACCAAAUAUUGAA